UGUUAUGAACGAGUUUGUGAGAUCAGUUCCUAUUGGAUAUGUGUAAUUAAGCUACUGCUCCGCUGAAUAGCGCAUUUGGAAGAGGUUUCACUAAUUGAAAUUUUGAAUAGUUUUUGGUUUGUGAAAAGUGAGAGUCAGUGAUAAUGCCAUCAAGGAUUAAUAUACAUUUCGAUGGAAAUGAUCAGAAUGUUUACUACAGUGGUGAGACGGUAUCUGGAACAGUCGAAAUUGAGUUUCAGAAAGUGAAAAAAGUUCGAGGAAUAUCUUUCCAAAUAAUCGGAUUCGCUAGAACCCAUUGGGAUGGCAGUUCUUUUUUAACUCAGUACACAUACAUUGGGAAAGAAAACUAUUUGACGUCAAGAAAAUAUUUAAUUGGAUCCGAUCUUAAUUCAGCCAGAGACAUUGAACCAGGGAUAUAUAGCUACAAUUUCUCAUGUACGCUCCCAAAACAAUUGCCUUCAUCCUUUGAGGGAAAGUUCGGAUGUAUUCGAUAUAUUGCUAAAGUUACCUUGGAAAGACCAUGGAAAUUUGAUCAGACAUACACAGUUGGAUUUACUGUGCUCCGGCCUGUUGACUUGAACUUAGAGUCGCCACUUAUAAGGGUUCCCAGCGAGGUUGAAGUCUUCCAUCAAUUCUGGUGCAGUCCAUGUUUAUCUAAACCCAUUCAUAUUAAGGGAAAAUUACCACAAACAGGUUAUGUUCCGGGUCAAACUAUUUCCCUUCUAGCCGAAGUUAACAAUGCCAGCAACGUAGAUGUAAAGGAAGUUAACAUCCGUUUCCAGUGUGUGAUAUCUUACCAAGCUGACAAACCUCGACUGAAAUGUCGUCAAGAUAUUCUCGAUUUAGCGUGCAUAAAAUGUGAUCCAAUCCCGAAAAAAUCCUCAGGUUGCUUUGUUGAAAAAAUAGUUAUUCCCCCUGUCCCUUCGUCUAGUAAUUCAAAUUACUCAAAAAUGAUCCAGCUCUCCUAUUGUGUGAGAAUUGAGGCUGUUACUUCCCAGUUUCAUAACAACGCCUACGUAUUGUGCCCCAUCACUAUAGGAACUGUUCCAUUCAUCCCGCUCAGGCAGCAAAUAAUAGAGAACGCAGAGAUUAUUAGGCGAACAUUGUAUGAUGAUUCGAGUCCUACAUCAGCAGACGAGGGAUAUAUGUUUCCUGUUUUGAGCCCUAUACGCGGUGCUGAAGCCUUAUCUGAGUAUGAUGUUGUUCCCCCAACUUAUCAAGAAGCUGUGAAUGCCUGCAGGGUCCAAGUCGAUGCUGAUGAAACAUUUUCCGUCCAAAGAAGUGAAUAUGUUCCGAAAUAUCCUGUUUACAACUUUGAAGUAGAUUCUAAUAAAACUGAUUUGCAACAAUUUAAUAUUGUUGAAUGAA